CGUUCAAUCAGUGACGUGGAUUUCCAUUGAGGCAAAAAAAAAGAGACUCUCCAGCAUUUCCCCCUAACUUUGUUCAAUUCUACACGUUUGACGACUCCGCUUCUUCCCGUCGCCUGUCUCCCGCCGAGCCCCCGGUUGUGUCGCAGCGUUAGCCGCAGACUGCCACGAUGAGCAAGAGCAGCAGCAGCAGCAGCAGCAGCAGCAAAGUGUUGCACCUGAAGGAUAAAGUCAGCGGCAACGAGGCGGACCUGGCCCUGUGCAACCUCACCGAGGUGCCGGUCCGAGAGCUGGCUUUAUUUCCCAAAGCAACUGUUGUUGACUUGUCUUGCAACAACAUCACCUCCAUCCCCCCAGAGUUCUGCAGCCUGAUCCACCUCGUCAAGGUGGAUCUGAGUAAAAACCAGCUGACCUGUCUGCCAGACGACCUGGGGAACCUGGUCAACCUCCAGCAUCUGGAUCUGUACAACAACAAGUUGACUGUGCUGCCUGUCAGCUUCUCUCAGCUCAGGAGUCUGAAGUGGUUGGAUCUGAAGGACAAUCCUCUGGAGCCCGACCUGGCCAAGGCAGCAGGAGACUGUCUGGAUGAGAAGCAGUGCAAACAGUGCGCCACCAAGGUUCUGCAUCACAUGAGAGCCAUUCAGGACGACGUCGAUCGUGCUCGGGAGAAACGCCUUCUGAAGGAAAAAGAGCUGGGGAGGAAGAAGGAGGUGAAGCAGAGGGAGCGGGAGGCCAGGGAGAAGGAGGCUCGCAAACGAGAGAAGGCGGAGGAGAAGGAGAAGAGGAGGAAAGAAUACAAUGCUCAGAGGGCGGCCUUAGCUGCAAAGGAACAACAGAAGAAGAAGAACGAGGAGAAGAAGAAGAAGAACGGACAGGCAGCAGCAGAUAAAAAGGUCGUUGUGGAAUCGGCACCGAAACCUCGGCGUUCUCUCGUCGGCCUGUUGUUCAAACUCCUCCUGCUGCUGCUGUUGGGACUAGCCGGUGUCGCCGCCUCCUGCCGGCUGACCGAACUGCAGAGGGAAGCCGUGUGCGUGCCGAUCAACGCCGCCUUGGACGACGGCCUAUCCUGGGCCAGAGAGCAGGAGGGUGUGGUCCGACAGCUGGUGCAAAACCUGUCAACUACUGCCAAGGAGUUUCUUGAAUCCACACAAACGUCUAAGAACUAAAUAACUGCGUCCUUCAAAACUCAGACUUGCAGGUUUUCCCACUCUCACCUGUGAAUCCUGGGAUUCUUUUCCUUUUUUUUUUUUUUUUAAUAUGCUGAAAUCGUGAUUGUCAUUAAAGAUGGGCAACCCUGCUUCCCCUCACCGUGUUUGUUGGAGGUGAAGCGUCUGUACAGAUAGACCAAAGGGGAUGUGUAAAAAAUCAUCUUAAAUUCCUAUGGAAUUGUCGUUGCGCUCGUGUCCUCUUUGUACGACAGCGUGUUUUUAAAAAGUCAGGUGGCCCCGUCUGUGCUGCGCUGGACUGUGGAGCCACAUGUCGACCGCCAGCCGGAGUUGUGCAUCAGCCAACCAGCGUCAGAAUGAGCAUGUGCAGUGAAGGCUCACUCGUCCCUGCCCUCAACUGUCCCGUCUUUAUAGUCUCACAUCAGUUAAAGCAGCUAAUUUCACAGCUAAUACAAAUCGUCUGACACACAAAAACCAGAGCGCAACUGAUACACCAGACGAUUUUUAAGCUUAUUGGGCAAAACUGCAGAACACAAAUACCAAAGAUUGGUGAGGUAAAUUAGAAACAGCGUUGGCGUUUGUCCAUCAGAGAGCAACAUGCUUGGUAAUUACAACACUUUAUUAACCAAAUUUAAGUGAAACCUCCAGAAAUUCUUUUGUGUUUUUGCUGACGUUAGAUUGACAUUUCACUACUUUUGCAUGAAAAUUUACUUUAAAGAUUAACUGGUUGUCAAAUAUAGAUCAACUCAUCAUUUAAACCCUAUUUUGUUCAAGAAACAAAAAAAAUCCGCUCAUAUAUUAUCAAAUAUUUUUUUUGAACACGAACACUGAUGUCUGUAUUGAUCCUAAAGGUCUGGUAUCAGCCAGGCUCUGAAUGACUCCUCAUGCAUUUGAUUUCCUUGUUGCCAGAAAUCCUUUCUAGGUCACAAAUAACGAUUUUGCUUCAGACUUUUCAAUGUGUUUUUCUCUCACUUCCCUACUGUCACUGGUUUCCAGUCAUAUCCACACAGUCCGAGUGGUUUGGUCCAUUAAACCAAACACUACGCUUUCAAUAAUAAACAAUAAUGGAGGUUUUGACCAAAAUCCCCAGAGACUUGAUGUUCACUGUGGAGGGAAGAAUUGAUAUUUUUUUUCUCAAAACCAGUGGCUGCAUAGAAGUAUGGAAAAAUACAGACAAUAACACAGCAAAGUAAAAUAAACUUGAUUUGUGAUUUGGCUCUAACUUCACAGGAUGAAGAUAUUGAACUAGAGGUCCAAAGUUUGAAAUGCCUUUUUCUUCCUUUUGAUUUGUCAUCUAACGGCUGAUUUUUUAAAUGAAAUGAAAUGUAUUUGCUUCCUUGGCUGCACUGGUUGUUGUACAGCUUUGUCGAUGCUCAAACGUCAUCGGCGUCAUUAAAUGGCUUUGCACUGCAAGAAA